AUGGAUCCGUUGAGCAGAAUACUAAAUCAGAAGUUUCCUAAAAUCUGUAUUGACCAAAAUGACCCGUCUCAAAUAACAUACUCAACUAAUCAUCUGCUAUUUAUUGAUGAUUUGAAAAUACUUGCUGAGAAAGAAGAUACGAUCUUGAGGAUGAUGGAUAGUAUUGAUGAAUACUUCAGUGUUGUUGGUGUGAGGAGGAAUUCUGAAAAAUCUGCAACCAAUCUGAAUGAUGUUAAAGAAACUAGAAGCCUUGAUGGAUAUCGAUAUCUGGGAGUCCUGGAGGAUAAAGGAAGCAAUUUAUUAAAGCAUGAAGUUAUGAAAAAAAUUGCAGAAAAUGUAAAGAAGAGAAUUGAAAGCUUAGUGAACACGAAGCUAAAUGCAGUGAAUCUAUUUAAGGCGAUUAAUGAAUAUUCUCUAUCACUUUACAAUUACUAUAUUGGACUAAUUGACAUUGAGCCACACGAGUUUCAAGCCAUUGAUACCGAAGUUCGAAGGAUUCUAUCUAAUUUACAUGUUCAUCUGAAACCUGCAAAUAAGGAAAGAUUAUACAUAAGCAGAUCUAACCUUGGAAGAGGACUUAAUUCAAUUGUCCAUAAAAGUGAAUGCAUGUUAUACCAAUUUUUGACUGAUCUUGAAAGAAAGUCUGCAAUGUGUCUCAGAAAGGCUGGAAUCUUGCGGGUCUUGAAAAUAAUAAAACACAUAUGA